AUGUUCGAUCCUCCAUUUACGCUUCAGUGCCCGAAGCUCAAGUCAUCCGCAGGUUUCGAUUGGCCACUGGAUCGUGCUUUAUGCGUAUACGAGAUAAAACAUACACCAUCACUUUCCAAGCCAGACAUCUACCCUAAGCCUGAGACUGAGACCAUUAUUUAUUAUGAUAAUCAUGUUCUUUGUACAUAUCUCCUUAAAGAGGAUGGCACCUUCUCACCUAAGUAUUACACAUGUCCUCCCUCUUUUCUAAACGACUAUUCCUUCACUGGGGCUACUUCUAAUGGUCUACUUCAUUUUCAUAAUCGUGACUCGUCGGCUCAUGCUCUUUGGAACCCAACAACGAAUGAGUAUAAGAUCCUGCCUAUCCCCGAGCCCCGUCCAAAAAAUCUUGAAGAGUGGCGUUUAAGGGCAUUUGGAAUGUGGUGUGACCAUAAAUUUGAAGAUAUCAAAGUGAUGCAAAUUAAUAUCUUGAAUUUGGCAGAUCAAGUUCAUUGCUUCUUUGAUCAAUUUAGCUUGUAUUCACUCAAAACUAAUUCAUGGAGGUUAAUAUCAUUAUGCACUCAGUUUGACUAUGACUUAUUUGUCUGUGCUUGCAUAUCUGGGGUUGUUUAUUGUAGAGCAUGUGAUCGAAAGAACGGCGUCAUGGUUAUUCGCUCGUUUGACCUCUCUACUGAAACUAUGUCUACUUUACCCUCUCCUGAACUUGGUGGGAAUAUUUGUAAAAUUUUUGAGUGUAAUGGGUUGCUUAGUGUUGUUGCAUUGUUUUUUGAUGAAGAUAGUGUACCUUGUAAAUUCCAACUUUGGACAAUGAGAGAUGGAUCAUGGAUAAUGGAAUCUGUUUUCCAUACUCGUGGUGUUCGGCGGAUGUUAUGGCUUUCGCGGGACGGUAAGCUAUUGUAUUUUGUAAGCAUGGCUGAUGAGCUAGUGGUGUUUGAUCGUAGCAUUGGAAAGUUGAAGCAUCUUGGUGUCAAUUGUUUUUCGUAUGAACCAAAUAUCAUUCCGUUUGUUGAGAGUUUUGGUCAACUCAAUGGAAUUUCACAUGUUGAAGAGGUACAUUCUCAAUUCCUUAUGCUUUAUCCCUUGUAUAAAUUGUGA